UUUUAUAUACAUUUUUAAAAUAUAUAUUUUGAACCUGAUCCACGAUGAACUGUGUGAUGUGCGAGGUGGCGACCAUAUCGCCCUUUUCCCGGCUGCCCUCGUUUGGGGUUUGUGUGUGCAACCGGGAGCACUACCAGUGUGUGAGGUGCGAUGAUGAGAUGAGGAAGCACUGCGGCCUGUGCGGCGAGAAUACCCACCUGAUCUACGUGGACCUGAGAUUCGCCGACGAGGAGCGGGAAAUGGGCAGUGCCAGGAAUUCGUAUGCUGCCAGCAAGGUGCCACCACUGCCCCUCGGAAUUGGACACAGGUUUUCUACUGGCCCGGAGGUCGUAACCCUCUGGCGGAAUCAAAACAUAAGCAAUUGGGAUCGAUCCCAAUCGCUGAUUGACAUCGGAAGUCAAAGUACCUCCAUGGUAGCCACUAAGCCUUGGCAUCCCGAAUUUCCCCUGGGGCAGACCUAUCGCAAACCAAAUAAUGACUCAAAUAAAUUGGAGCUGCCACAUCUUGAGGAAAUCCCAGAGGAAGAUCCCACAACAAUGGAACUUUGUGAAGAGAAAUCCGAUUCUGUAUCUUUUAAUUUCGAUGAUCCACUAGCGAUAUGCCGUCUUUUAAAUGGCGAGCAUAGACCCAUGGAAAGAGGUCUCCCCUUAAAGCAUUUUAAAUCUAUCGACUACAAUUUUCAUAUUGCCCCAAAACAUUCCAUAUUGAUAGGAAUUCCUUAUAAAGAACAAAGACUUAUAGAGAGUCCGACGGUUGAAAUUUUCAAGACGAUACCUCAAGAUUAUCCCUAUAAACAAGAAAGCAUCGUAUAUAAUACAAAAAAAGCUGGGAUUACAGCCAAGAGAACUAACGUCUUUGGUUAUCCAAAAAAGGAAAAUAUUCCCAAAGAGAAUAAUGAUCAAGUGAAGCCCUUAGAAGUUGAAAGUGUUAACAAUGGCUUACCAUUUGGAAGUCAUGAACCAUUUGUAGAGAUGCCUAAAUGCUCAAUUUACACCACUAAAGAUAAGAGUAUACCACAUGGUUAUCCAAGUGAGUUUAAUAACUCCUCUACGAAGCCAAAAGUGAUGUAUUUAGAUGAUUAUACUGCCGAAGAGAAGCGUUUACUCAUCGGUUAUCCCUAUCAAGAAAAGAGUCCCAGGGAAAAAUCCGUAAGGUAUGCAGAAGAAGAUAUGUAUGAGGAGAAAUUAACAUAUUCAUCCAAUAUAACUGAAAGAACCUACGUAAAAGAUGAAAAAGCUUACGCCGUUGAAAAUAAGGGCGUACUAUUAAGUUUUCCCUGUCUAGAGGAAAAACCCGAAAACGAACUAAAAACAUUAUUUCAUAGAAAUAACGCUGCCCCAGGAAAUAAUCGUGAUGAUAAUGAUUUAGUCGGAAAAGCUCCAAUUACUAAGGAUCUACGAACAUAUAAUGCUAAAAAGGAACCAGUUUUAAACAAUUUUCCAUAUAAAGAGGACUUAAAUAUAGGUACAUUUUCUGCCGAACAGGAAAAUGUUACAUUUGGAUGUCCAUUUUUGACAAAAAAUCGAUCCCUUAAGUUUCUCAGUUCGGAACCCAAAAGUCUGAAUCCAAGUGAUUUGCGUAAUCAUAUAUCCCUGGUAAGACGUGUCCGUCUUGGGACUCAAAACUUGAGGGGCUGGAACUCCGAAAUGGUGACCUGUCCGCAGGAUUUGGUGGCCGAUCUUCUGGUACGACUUCAGAUGGGCAAGGUGGUGUUACCAAUGCCAGUACAACGUUUGAUUACGAAAUGCCUUUUGACCAAGUGUCCGGAUUUGGAUUGCGAAGAGCACCUUUAUACAGGGAAUAUCAACGAUCAUCUGGCCACUUGUCAUCGCAGUUGGAUCGUAUAUCGACUGGAAUUGAAUCAACCAAAGAGUUUUAGAUUGGAUUUGCGACUGACAAAUCAGAAUGUAAGAUGUCAUGCUGUCAUGCAAGUGCCUAAUGUGGUCAAUGAAUGGGGCUUUGUGCAAAAACAUGAUCUAUUACCCAUUCUUAUAAUGAGUAUGCAAGUGCAUCUGGGCGAGAUACUGGUAAAUAGACGAUUGAAUCAGAAAUUAACUCUUAUUUGGGCUGCAACACUCAUCUCCGAUUGUCUGCCCCUGAAAAUUGUCCUGACUUUGUGGCCAACAACAGGGGAUUCCCCCGAGAGUAUCAUGUCCUUCACCGGAAGCCCCUAUGAUAUUCGGCAGAGUCUUCGUCCCAUAGAUUUGGUUAGAAGUGGCAAGGUCAUUAUACUAACAGCCGAUCAGGUGGAUAGUCUCACUCACAAUGGCAGGGAUUUGGUGAGCAUUCAGAUGGCGGCUAUGAUGGGUCAAGUUUUCAAUCCAACAACUUAGAAAAGCAAGAAAAUUAUAACCGAAAAAUAUGGAAAAAUAACUACAAAUUUCUACGUUUAUAAGUCAGAAUAUUUUCAUAUCAUUUGACAUCAAUGAAAAUAUUAAAAAUAUAUUUGCCACAGAAACUAGU